GGCCGUAGAGCGCAUCAUCUACAAACUGGAUCUGCAGAACCACUGCGAGCGUGCGUGUGGGACGUACAGUGGCGGUAACAAACGUAAACUGUCCACUGCAAUGGCACUAAUCGGUGAUCCUGGAGUUGUCUUCUUAGAUGAGCCGACAACAGGUGUGGAUCCCAAGACAAGACGUUUCUUAUGGGAUGUGCUUAUCAAGGCCACAGCAGAGGGACGGACGCUAGUACUUACCAGUCACUCUAUGGAUGAGAUUACAGCUGUCAGCACGAGAGUAACUAUUAUGGUGGGGGGAAAGAUGCGGUGUCUGGGCAGUCUGCAGCAUUUGCGCAGUCGCUUUGGUCAAGGACUCACAGUCAUCGUCAAGACAGAAAAGGGGGCCGAUCCUGGCCCCGCCAAGAACUUCAUACUACACGAGUUCGAAGACUCUGAGCUCAUUGAGGAGCACACCAACAUGAUGACUAUCCGCAUUCCCCAGAAGAAAGUUCUGUGGUCGCAGGUGUUCAAGGCGCUGCAAGACGGCCAGCAGAGGUACCACAUCGAGGACUACAGCGUCAGUCAGACGUCACUGGAACAGAUUUUCAUCAUGUUCGCACACGGGCAAGAAGCCAUUAACGACUCGGAUCUGAACUACGACCGAGAAGCAGCAGAAGAGGAGCUCGAACGCAGUUCCUCUAUGAAGAUAUGAGGGGCCAUGCUAUUCUGAGCAAGACUUGGAAGUGUCAAGAAAAAGUGCCAAUGCAGGAUGUGCCUGUUAUGUGGCGUAGGCUGCGGGAGCAACUUGGAUUGUAUAGCCUUCGCUUAUUAGAUGUAAUUUAAUUAUUAUUAUUAAAUCGCACCGAAUCAAAUCGUGGAUUCUGGCG